AUGUUUGUGGGAGAAUAUGCUGCGAAAUUUCACGAGCUCAUGAAAUACUGGCCCUAUUUCCAGCACGAGGAUGGAGAUGAAGAUCUGUGCACCCAAUUUGAGAAUGGGCUGAGGCCAGAGAUUUGGGGAGCAAUUAGUGUUUUCCAACUAACUGACCUGCCAACAUUGGAUAGCAAAUGUCGAAUCUUUGAGGCAAACUCCAAAGGAGGUAGUAGUAGUGGUUCCACUCUUUCAAGGGGACCAGUAAGAUGUUUUCGCUGUGGAGGACCUCAUAUUGUGAGGAAUUUCCCACAACCACCGUCGACAUGUGGUAUUUGCAAAAAGAUGAGUCAUUCUGCAAAUACUUGUUGGUAUGCUCCUCAGAAAAGUGGAAGUAUAAGUAGAAGCAAUAGGCCUGCAUCCCGAGGAAGCAUUGGGGCAAAACUAAAUGUGCAAGGCAAAGUGUUUGCCAUGAAUGGAUCAGAGACGUCCAAGUCAGAUGAUCUUAUAAGAGGUAAAUGCAUCAUCAAUGAUAGACUAUGUGAUGUCUUGUUUGAUUCUAGUGUCACACAUUCCUUUGUUUCUAUGGAUUGUGUGAAUGGUAUUGGACUACCAAUAUCUUCCGUACCAUAUAAUGUUGUUGUGUCCACUCUUACAGCUAAGCUUGUUGUGACUUCUUCUGUGUGCUUAGGUUGUUUUGUGAUGAUUCAUGGUAGAAAUUUUUGUGUGGACUUAAUCUAUUUACCGCUUUCUCAACUUGACGUUGUUUUGGGCAUGGAUUGGUUGUCAUCUAAUCGUGUUUUGUUAGAUUGUAAGGAGAAAGUUUUAAUCUUUGAUGAUGAUACAUUGAGAAAAUCAAGACUCCAAAAUGUGGGUGAAGCUAAGACUUUUAUGGUAUUAUUUUUUGCUGAGGUUGAUAAGACCGUAAAAGCUGAACAUAUUCCAGUAGUACAAGAUUUUCUAGAAGUUUUUCCAGAGGAUGUAACAGAAUUGCCACCGGAAAAGGAGAUUGAAUUCACUAUCGAUUUGAUUUCAAGAGCAAUUCUAGUAUCUAUCGCGCCAUAUCAAAUAUCACCGGUGAAGUUGGCUGAGGUGAAAAAACAAGUAGAAGAUUUGUUAAAAAGGCAAUUUGUAAGGCCAAGCGUAUCUCCAUGGGGAACUCUAGUGCUUUUGGUGAAAAAGAAGGAUAUGUGUGGAUUAUCGUCAUCUUAA